GAGAGGCAUCCUACCUGAUGGAGAGCACAGCAGUGUCCUAGACCAGCAUCUUGAAAAUAAGAAACAAAAACACCUGUGAAAGAAUCUGAGGAUUGCCUUUUGUGGUGGUUAUAGAUCAUCUACAUCGAAAGUAUUAGUAACUGCCUUAAAAGUCUAAGAAGAACCAUGGAGGACAGAAGCAGCUGCAACAAUGACCGGGAGCGCUUGGGAAUACGCUUCACCAUAGACUACCUGCUGUACAACAAGGACAGUAAGUGUAUGAGAGAAGAGCAAAAUAUUCCUGCAGUGGAGCAGACCCACCAUAGCCUACUGGAGGGCCAGAGUCCUGACAUCCUCUCAGUGAGGAAAAUUAUCAAACCUGGGAGCCCUGAGAAGGGGCCAGAGGGAGAAGAGGGGUCAGAGGAGGAGAAUGAAGAGGAGGAGGAGAUCAAAGGAGGGAAAGAUGAAGAGGAAACCACUACAGACAGCCCACAGGACAAGCCUUCCCAGUCCUACAUCUCCCUUAUCUCCAUGGCCAUACUUGCUUCAGAGGAGAAGAAGCUCUUGCUGUGUGACAUCUACCAGUGGAUCAUGGAUAACUACCCCUACUUCAAGAGCAAGGAUAAGAACUGGAGGAACAGCGUCAGACACAACCUGUCCCUGAACGAGUGCUUUGUGAAGGCUGGUCGGAGUGACAAUGGUAAAGGCCAUUUCUGGGCCAUCCACCCUACUAACUUCCAGGACUUCUCCAAUGGAAACUACCAUCGCCGCAGGGCUCGCCGCAGGAUCCGCAGAGUAACAGGACAGCUCCCCUACGCCCUGCACACACCCUAUUACCCCCUCCAUAGGCCCAGGGGGGUGUGGUGCUGGUGCUGUCCCCCAGCCCACCCUCUGUCCUACGUCUCAGCCAGGAUCUAUUGGAGCUGGGCCAGCCUGCAGACCAGACGACACCCAUCCACGCUUCGGUUCAAUAGCACCACAUAGAAUUGGAUGCAUGUUGGAUGUUGGUCUGUUCUUUAUAUGACAGGUGGCUGAGAGAGAUGUAUUGAGUAUGAUUGUGAAAUCUGUGGCUGGCUGGCACAAAUAAGAGUACCAAAGCACCAAAGUACGAUAUUGCACAAUUUUUGAUUGAAAUGCAAUACACCAGAUUUGUACUGUGAUAGUAUACAUGUAUAUUGUAUUUGAUGAAUUCUGUAUAUGAAGAAAAUUAAUUGUAAAUAUACCAAUGAAGAUAUUGCAAUAUUUUAUAUAUCUUGCACAA